AUGUACUCGGAAACCAAUGUACUUCUAAUUAAACAAUUAGAACGGGAUUUGGUUAUUGAAAGAGAAAGGUGUAGCCAACUUGAGGAAGAUAUAUCUGUCUUAAUAAGAGGCAGACACGCUGAAUUAAUUGAACUGAAUCAAACCAUUGCCUCCCUUGAUAACAAGAUUAAGACAAGCGAAGCACUAAAUGAGUCCCUCGCGCAAGUGAUUGUGCGUAUAAAUACACAAAAACCAGGUUCGAAUUUAAAAGAAAGUGCCGUGAAUACAUGCAAAUCGAAAAAAGAACACUCUCGGGAGGCUAAUUUAAGCAAAACCUCCAUUUUGUCAGAGAACAGUAUGGUUAGUCGCAAUCAAGCUCUCCCCGUUUUUAUGCAGGCUAAAUAAACAAUGAAAUUCCUCAAAGCGUGUCCCCACCAGAAAAUGAUAACGCUAUAUCAGAUUUGGAAAACAAUAAAUCAGAAACACAAAGCAUCGAUCAAUUCAAGCCAACAACAAUAACCGAAGAUAUCCCAGUGGAACCAAUUAUGCUGGGUAAUGUAAAAUCUGACUUGCAAAUUAUUUAUCCAAGCGAUAAUAAUGUCAAUGAUCCUUUGUCGUCUGCUCCCAAUUUGGUUAACUGUGAUCUACACGUAACUUUAGACAAAGCAGAUGAUAGUGUAAUUAAUGAGGCUAGUCCAGUGGAUCGAGCAAAAUCGUUAGGUAAUUUAUGCAACAAUUAUUGUAUGCGAUCUGAUACGUAUAUUGAAGAAAUAGCAAGGCCCAGUAAUACAAGAACUGUGGACACAAGUAAAGAAGAGCAAGUCAUAAAACCCCGGCAAUCCAAUGCAUGGUUAAAUUUUUUGCCCUUUAUUGAAGUUCCUUACAAACCACUUUCAAGAAAGAAAAGUGACCCGGUAAGAUCACUUUCAAGAAAACAAGGUGAUUGUGUGGCGUCUCAUUUAACAUCUUGUUCUAAGUAUUCUAUUAAAGAAUCACAAUAUCAUUUUCGGCGGCGCCAAACGAACCAGAGGCCCCCGCCGCGCUCAUUGGAAUGGCUAGACCACUUAAAGCUGGUCCGACAGAUAUUGUCAAUGUAG